AUGAAUGGCGCGUGGGUUGCCUCUGGCCCCAAUUAUGGCAUGGACUAUCCAGUCGCCUCUCAAGCAUUUUCUGCAACUGGUGGAAAUACUUCAAAUAUAGCUGGUGUGGACUGCUAUGGCGAGUUUGGAUCGAGACGCGAAUCUACCAAGAGUGUGAUCGGUACAAGCAGCACAAGAGCAAUACCUCGCAGGCUUACUCUCGGAGACACAUGUGAUGCUAGACCAGAUUCUGAGGUUGACAGCGAUUUCGAAUCGGGAAAACGCAUUGCUGACGAUAAUUCCAGGACCUUCCGAGCAAACGAAGACUUCUCAAAACCUCGUCGAGCUAGCGAAGGAUCAUCGAAGCGCCCAGGUAGCGUUGGUAUUGGACUCGAUGAAUUUGGUGGCUCUGGUAUAUUUUGCAGCAUAAUCGGUGAAGUCGGGGAUAUGAGUCAUGGGGCCGCGGCACGAACUAGUAGGCCAGGUAGUGCCAGGCGGGCUAUGUUGGCUAAGAAGGAGAACGCCAAGCAACAUUGCAUUGUUGCAGAUUCAAUCGUCGGCACAUCUACUUCGCAGGCGGACAUUCAGCAACACUCUAAAAAGGUAGGACCAGUUUAUUAG